UUUCUGAUUGGUGCAAACUUGCGCUGUGCGUGGUGACGUCACAAGAGGGCGACGUUGCUAUAAGAACGCGGCCGGCGAGCGCGUGCUCCUCUUUCUUGGUUUCCAGAGCGUUCGCUCAGGCGCAGACGGGCAAAAAGAGCCAGCAUGCCGGUCGCCCGGAGCUGGGUUUGUCGCAAAACCUAUGUGACCCCGCGGAGACCCUUCGAGAAGUCCCGCCUCGACCAAGAGCUGAAGCUGAUCGGCGAGUAUGGGCUCCGGAACAAACGUGAGGUCUGGAGGGUCAAAUUCACCCUGGCCAAGAUCCGAAAGGCUGCCCGGGAGCUGCUGACGCUGGAUGAGAAAGACCCGCGGCGUCUGUUCGAAGGUAAUGCCCUGUUGCGGCGGCUCGUCCGUAUUGGGGUGCUGGACGAGGGCAAGAUGAAGCUGGAUUACAUCCUGGGCCUGAAGAUUGAGGAUUUCUUGGAGAGACGCCUGCAGACCCAGGUCUUCAAGCUGGGCCUGGCCAAGUCCAUCCACCAUGCCCGUGUGCUCAUCCGCCAGCGCCACAUCAGGGUCCGCAAGCAGGUGGUGAACAUCCCGUCCUUCAUCGUGCGCCUGGACUCCCAGAAGCACAUCGACUUCUCCCUGCGCUCCCCCUACGGCGGGGGCCGCCCGGGCCGCGUGAAGAGGAAGAACGCCAAGAAGGGCCAGGGCGGGGCUGGAGCCGGCGACGACGAGGAGGAGGACUGAGCCCGGGCAGUGCCCUGGGCCGGCGCAGCGGCCAGUGUGCCUCAGAUAAUAAAGCAGGUUAUGCACAGUG